AUGUAUCACAAGGCCAAAUUAGGGAUAAAAAAGCGAUCCAAGGUCCCAGGGGUCAUGAUUACACAGUAUGUGGAGGAGCUUCCUGAAGGAAAGACCACACCCGACUUUCUCCGCAAACCCAUCGCUUUAACUAUUCAGGAAGGUAAAUUAGCCAUUUUUAAAGCAGUUGUGAGUGGGAUUCCAAAGCCAGAGGUAACAUGGAAAAGAGCCAAGGGAGACAUGGCUGACCAGAUGAAAUUCCAGGUUAAAUACGAUGAAUCCUCCGGUGAAUACACCCUGCAGAUCCCUAAAGUGUCUGGAGAAGAGGCGGAUACCUACAAAUGCUUUGCCAUUAAUGAGUAUGGGAAGGCAGUCUGCACUGCCACUCUGAAUGUUAUUGAAGGUCCAACAACUGAUCCAGCAGAGUUCAGAAAACUGCUUAGAAAAAGUGCUGGACGCAAAGUGGAAGAGAAGAAGGAUGGAGAGAUCGAUGAAAAGUUCUGGGAAAUUCUGCUCAGCGCCGAAAAGAAGGACUACGAACGCAUCUGCAAGGAGUUUGGUGUCACUGACUUCCGCUGGAUGCUCAAGAAGCUGAAUGAGUUGAAAAGGGAGAGAGAGGAGGAGCAAGCUAUGUACAUUGAUGCAAUCAGUAAUCUGAAACAUAUUGAAGUGAAGGCAGAUGGUUCUGCAUCAUUUGAACUUGACCUGGAGCUCAAAGACCCAAGCAGCAGGAUUUUCCUCUACAAGGAUGGUGUAAUGAUUCCAUACAGCAAAGACAUGGAGAUGAAGCACAACCUGAGACAGGUGGGCAAGAAGCUGGUCUUUACCAUCAAGGACCUUCUACCUGAGGAUGCAGGACUGUACCAAGUGGACGUUGAGGAGGUCAACGUCUUCUCCACUGAGUUCAAGAUUCCAAACAUCGACUUCAUUGUCAAAAUCCAGGAGGUGAAAGCCAAGGAGAGGGAGGAUGCCAUUUUCGAGUGUGUCCUGUCCCAUCCCUUUGCCAGAAUACUGUGGAUGGGCAAGAACGCCCAGCUGGAAGAUGGCGAAAAGUACCAGAUCACAGUGUCUGAGGACAAGCUGAUCCACAGGCUUCGGGUUCGAGACUGCAUGCAGCUGGAUAAGGGCAUCUAUUCGGCUGUGGCCGGCAUCAAAACUUGCAGUGCCUGGCUUAUAGUCGAGGCGGACAGUGACCCUGCUCCACCCGGCAAGAAGAAGGCCCGCAAAACAACCCAGGCAGGCGGAGCUACAGUGAACCUGGAGAAGGUAGCCCAGGAGCAGCAGGUGAAGCUGCAGAAGGAGAGGGAGGAGAAACUGGAGGUGGUGAGAAAGGCCCAGGAGGAGAAGGAGGUGGCCAAGGCAGCAGAGGCCCCCGUGGAGCCCGUGGUGGAUGGUGGGGAUGGGCUGGGUGAGGGGUCUGGCCUGGACAAUGAGCCCAAGCUGGAUGAUGGGCUCAGGUUAGUCAAUGGGUCAAACGGAGCUGCAUUAGACAGCAGGCCAAAGCUAGAAAGCCGUCCACCCCCAAAGCUGGAAAGCCAUCCACCCCCAGUCAUUGUAAAAGAGGAUCGUCCUGUACAGAAAAUACCUGCAGAUGAUGUGAGAGACAGUGGGCCUGUUAAGGAGGUGCCAGCAAAAACACCCCCUGUGGUUGAUCAAGAUGAUGGAGCAGAAGACCAGACCAAGAAGCGGACCAGAACAGGCCCACUGGUUCCAGACACAGUCAUAGGGCAUAUCCAAGUGUACAAAACGGGCAAGCUGGGGACGGAGGGCUUGCAGACCAUAAACGACAUGACCCCCUGGACCCAGACAGGGCCAUGGAUCCAAAUAUACAAAGUGGGAAAGCUGGGGACAGAGGGCUUGCAGACCAUAAAAGGCAUGAUCCCCUGGACCCAGACAGGGUCGUGGAUCCAAGUGUACAAAACGGGCAAGCUGGGGACGGAGGGCUUGCAGACCGUAAACGACACGACCCCCUGGACCCAGACAGGGCCAUGGGUGUACAAAACGGGCAAGCUGGGGACAGAGGGCUUGCAGACCAUAAAAGGCAUGAUCCCCUGGACCCAGACAGGGCUGUGGAUCCAAGUGUACAAAACGGGCAAGCUGGGGACGGAGGGCUUGCAGACCGUAAAUGACACGACCCCCUGGACCCAGACAGGGCCAUGGGGGCAAGAAAACCGGCAAGGGAAGGGGCAAGGAAACCAGCAAGCAAACGGGCAAGGAAGCGGGCAAGGAGAGGGGAAAGAACAGGGGAAACAGAUGGGAAAAGAAAGUGUGCAAGGAAAUGGAAGAGAUAAGGGGCAAGAAGAUGGGGGAGAAAACAGACAAGAAAACGGCCAGGAAGGCUCUGGAGAAGCUGGAAGGUCUACCAAGCGCACAAGACAAGGCCCGCUGCUUUCGGACAAGGUCAUUGACCCCGGAGUUCAGUUCAUCAGCGGGCUGUCAGACGUGAAUGCUGUGGUGGGCCAGCCAGCUGAGCUGAUGUGCAAGCUGAGCAGCGAGUCGUGCGAGGGAGCCUGGUUCAAAGACGGGAAGCAGUUGUCAUCCACAGAUGGAGUCACCGUUGCUAAAGAUGGACCAUGCCACAAGCUGAUAAUUAAAAAAUGCCAAGAAGAGGACACAGGAAAAUACCGUUUUGAGGCCGAUGGACGUAAAACAGAAGCAGUGAUCAUUGUAGAAGACCCACCGCGGCUUGACCCCGACGACCUUGCCAAGUUCUCCCAGCCCGUCAUCGUGAAGGCGGGGCAAAACGCUUCCUUCAAGAUGCCAUUUGUUGGACGGGAGCCAGUGAAGGUGCAGUGGUACAAAGAAGGGGAGGAGCUGGUGGACGACACCAACGUGGUGGUGGAGAAGGCGCCCGCUCACAGCCGGCUUCUCCUCAGCCGCUGCCAGCGCAAAGACACUGGGGAAAUCAAGAUCAAGCUCAAGAACGACUUCGGCACCAUCGAGGCCCUCUCCAGACUCAUUGUCCUCGACAAGCCCACCCCACCCCAAGGCCCAGUGGAGGUGGCGGAGAGCUCGGCCUCGUGCAUCGAGAUCAAGUGGAGGCCCCCAAAGGACGAUGGGGGCUCCCCGGUGAAGGGCUACUCGCUGGAGCGCCAGCAGACAGGACGUAACACCUGGACCAAGCUGGGCGAGAUAGCGAGCGUCACUGCCUACAGGGACACCGACGUGGACCACGGCAGGAAGUACUGCUACCGCAUCAGGGCAGUGUCCGAGGAGGGAGUUAGCGAGAUGAUGGAAACCAACGACAUCAUGGCGGGCACUAAGGUAUACCCUGGUCCACCUGCUGCACCCAAAAUAGUUAGCGCUUUCAUGGACUGCAUCAAUCUGAGCUGGACUCCCCCCACCAACACUGGAGGCUCGCGUAUUUUAGGCUACCAUCUGGAGAAACGCAAGAAAGGCAGCAACCUCUGGAGUCCGGUGAACCCAGUGAACGAGCCCAUUCAAGAUAAGAAAUAUGCAGUGAAAGAUGUUGUAACAGGGAUGUCAUAUGAAUUCCGUGUGGCAGCAGUAAACAUUUCUGGUGCAGGCGAGCCAAGUGUACCGUCCGAUUUUGUGAUUGCCAGAGACCCCAAGAAGGCCCCCGGAAAAGUCAUAGACCUGAAGGUGGUAGACUCCACCUACACUACCUUGUCACUGUCUUGGACUAAACCAACUGAGCAAGAAGGGGUCCAAGAUGAGGCCAAGGGGUACUUUGUGGAGAUCAGGCCAGCGGAGAGCACGGACUGGAUCCGCUGCAAUGCGAUGCCUGUCAUCAUGACCUCCUUUAUGGUGAAGGGCCUGAAGUCCAUGGGCAUGUACUGGGUGAGGGUGAUUGCCACCAAUGAGGGCGGGGAGGGGGAGCCCCAAGAUCUGGACAAUUACAUCAUCGCCAUGCCCCCUCCUGUGAGGCCAAAGUUCACAGACACCAAAAUGAAGACUUUCAUGGUUGUGCGAGCAGGAAAUUCAGUACGGGUCAAUGUAAACUAUGAGGCCUCCCCGUGGCCAGAUGUGGUCUGGCUGAAAGACAACAUGCCUGUCUCUAAGCGGGUCACCAUUACCAACGCUGAGGGGACGUCACAGCUCCUGAUUCCCUCCUCGGAGCGCUCUGACACUGGGGUUUAUACCAUCAUAGUCAAGAACCUGGUCGGCCAGGAAACUUUCAGCAUUGAGAUCAGAGUCACAGACGAUCCCAAGCCACCAGGUCCAGUGGAGCUGGAGGAAAAUGUCCCCGGCACAGUGACGGUUGUCUGGGAGCCGUCGCCGGACGAGAAACGAGACGACCGCCUGCACUACAUGGUGUCCAAGCGGGACUCCAGCAAGCAGACUUGGCAGACGGUGGCCGACCGGCUCUUCAACAAUAAGUUCACUGCCUGCAACAUCAUGCCUGGUUGCGAGUACCACUUCCGCGUCUAUGCCAAGAACGACAUGGGCCUCUCCGAGCCCUCCGAGUCGCCGACCUGGGGAACCACCAGGAAGAGAGACAAAUUCACGGUGAACAUGCCCCGGUACAGGCCCUUCAACUUCCAGAGCGCGCCCAAGUUCCUGGUGCCACUGAAGCUGCACAUGGCCCCCCCGGGGUACGAGUGCUACAUGAGCUGCGCGGUCUCGGGGAACCCCAAGCCCCACGUCACAUGGUACCGCAACAACAUCAGCCUCAACACCAACACCAACUACUACAUCUCCAAUACGUGCGGGGUCUGCUCCAUGCUCAUCCUCAGGGUCGGGCCCAAGGACCAUGGGGAGUACACGGUCAUGGCAGAGAACACGCUGGGCAGAGCCGAGUGCUCCACCAGUCUCACUGUCCGAGAAUAA